AUGGAAAACCUGACAAUAAACAUCGCGUCUGCGUUGGACAGAGUCACACAAACAGUAACGAGUGAUACUCUCCGUUCAGCUUUGAACAGAUAUCAAGCAAAACAGAUAUGGACACCCCACGAUCGAUCACAACUCCUGGAUAUAUUAGCAAAGUAUUUACUACAACCCGACUGUACUAUCUGUAUUGGUCAAGCUUUUUGUCCUCUCGUGCUGGACCUACUUGAAAGAGCCUCCAAAGCCGUUUUUCAAGAUGGCCACAUUCAACUGAAUUACCAUGAACAAUUGUGUAUUGCACUUGGCAAGUUACUGUACAUUGUACCGGACACCUUAGGGUUUAGUGUAAAGUAUUUCCAGUCCACUCCACCAUUAUUUCAAUCACUAUCUGAUGACAAAUAUAUCGAUGGUCAACCACCAAAGAAAAAGAGCAAGAAGAGUCGAUCCAUGCACAUUAUUCAGCAUUAUGACUUGGCAGUAACGGCAUAUAGGUACCUGACUUACGCACCAAACACCUUCCGAGAUAUCUGGGAUUGGAGUGCAUUUAUGCAACUACUACACAGUGAUAAUACAGAAACAAAAUGGUUUGCAAGUCAAAGCAUUGCUAUUGUUGUGGGAAUGAAUGAUAGACAAACUAAAGAACUCAAUACAAAGAUCUUCAAAGAUGAAGAAAUCAGAAAAUAUACGCUGAGAUGUAAAGAAAUGACUGAUUACAGCAUGCAUGAUGCAUUAUUACUCACUAAUCCGAGACAGAAUGCGGAAUUGAACAAUAGUGAAAUAUUAACUCAUACACAGGGUAGUAUUGUUAGUAGUGAUCUUGUGAAUACUAUUACCGCUGUAUGUGGGGUUCUCCUGCCUCUCAACACUACAUCACAAACCACAGUAAGUAAUAAGAGUACUGAAACUCCAUCUCAUCUUGUACCAGUGUCAUCUAUGUUAAGAAACCUGCACUGUUUGUCAUUGGCCAUUGCUAACAACCAACCAGUGUUAUUAGAAGGACCUGUAGGAUGUGGUAAGACUGCAUUAGUUGAAUUCAUGGCAGCGGUCACUGGAAGACAGAAGUCUCCAUAUUUAUUGAAAGUACAGCUUGGUGAUCAGACAGAUAGUAAGGCGCUCCUUGGAACUUAUCGGUGUACUGAUGUUCCUGGCGAGUUUGUAUGGCAGCCUGGGGCACUAACACAGGCUGUUACGCAUGGAUAUUGGAUUUUACUUGAAGACAUUGACUAUGCACCUAUGGAUGUGGUAUCUGUGUUAGUACCGCUAUUAGAAUCCAACACAUUGUCCGUACCAGGCCAUGGUGAUACAGUGAAAGCCGCUCCUGGAUUUCAACUCUUUGCUACCCAGAGACAUGAUUUGAAUAUUGACACUGAAGAUAGUGAUGAUAAUAGCAGUACCAACAUUCAUCAUUAUGAAGGAAGGCUGAUAUCAACAAGGGACUUGAUGAAAUGGUGUGCCAGAAUUGUAACCGAUUUUGAUGUAUCUCUGUCUUCAACUGCUAAUAAAGUCUUCCAAGAGGCUUUAGAUUGCUUCUGUGCUGUGUUAUCAAAACCUUCCACGAGGCUAAGUGUUGCUGAGGCAAUUGGUUCUAAGAUUAACAUUAGUAAAGAGAAAGCAGAUUUCUACUGUGAGAAAUACAAACCUAGCCUUGAUAUUCAGCGUACCAGUAUGGUAGUUGGCAGAGCUCAGCUGAUGAGGCUUAAAAAACAGUUUGCAAGCCUACAAAGAGUUUCCACAGCAACCUUUGCCCACACGAGGCACGCUAUGGCUCUGAUGGAAAGAGUUGCAGUCUGUGUAGCUAAUAACGAGCCAGUACUAUUGGUUGGAGAGACGGGUACUGGUAAAACAUCGUCUGUGCAAUACCUUGCAGAGGUCACAGGUCAUAGGUUACAGGUGAUCAACAUGAAUCAGCAAAGUGACAGUGCUGAUCUCUUGGGAGGUUUCAAGCCUGUUGAUAUGAGACAAAUAGUUGCUCCAUUCAGGGAAGAGUUUGAAACGCUGUUUUGUAAGACAUUCUCCAGAAAACAAAAUAUAAAAUUCCUUGGUCACAUGCUAGAAUGCUUUGCUAAGAGGAAAUGGCAGGACCUUUUCAAAUUAAUGCUACAUGUUGCACAAGCAGCUGAAAAAAAGUGCAGUAAAGAUACUGAAGAAGAUCAGAUUAUGAAGUCUAAAUGGCAUAGUACUUGUCAAAGAAUUCAUCAGUUACAAACACAAGUUAAAUACGCAGAAAGUGCUUUAGCAUUUUCAUUUAUUGAGGGUACUUUGGUGAAUUCACUUCGGAAUGGGGAAUGGGUGCUAUUAGAUGAGAUAAAUUUAGCCACUGCCGAAACACUGGAAUGUUUAAGUGGUUUAUUGGAAAGCAAAUCAGGAUCCGUUGUUCUGAUGGAAAGAGGGGAUACAGAGCCUAUUGUCAGGCAUGACAACUUCAGAUUGUUUGCCUGUAUGAAUCCAGCCACUGAUAUAGGAAAGAAAGACUUACCACCAGGUAUAAGAAACAGGUUUACUGAAUUCUUUGUGGAUGAAUUAGAGGAAGUUUCAGAUCUCAAUGUUCUUGUUAACACUUACCUCCAAGGACUCACCUUGACUGCAGCUCAAGUCGAAGGCAUUGUCAAAUUUUACCUGACAGUCAGACACGAAGCCAUCAAGAAAUUGACAGAUGGUACAGGCCAUAGACCACACUAUAGCUUACGUACACUUUGCCGAGCGUUGAGACAAGCAGCUACCAACCCAUAUGGUAACAUACCAAGAUGUCUGUACGAGAGCUUCUGUCUGAGUUUCUUGACUCAGCUGGACAGAUCAUCUCACCCCGUCGUUGAGCAGCUGAUAUGCCAACAUAUCAUUGGUCGGAGUAAUAUCAAGAGUGUUCUCAAACAGCCCCUGCCACCACCGACUGAUGGCCACUACUUAAAGAUUGAGGCAUACUGGGUAUCCAUGGGUGACAAGGAACCGGUUACCCCUAAAGAUUACAUUCUCACAUCCUCCGUAAGAGCCAAUCUUAGAGAUCUGGUUCGGAUUGUAUCUGCUGGGAGAUAUCCAGUUUUAUUACAAGGAGAGACGUCAGUUGGGAAGACUAGUUUGGUUAAUUGGUUAGCAAAUGCCACUGGUAAUCAUUGUGUUCGAGUUAAUAAUCAUGAACACACCGAUCUACAGGAAUAUGUUGGAUUUUACGCUGCUGAUGAAACCGGGAAAUUAGUCUUCAAAGAAGGAGUUCUGGUUGACGCAAUGAGGAAAGGUCACUGGAUUAUACUAGACGAGUUGAAUCUUGCCCCUACUGAUGUAUUAGAAGCAUUGAACAGACUGCUUGAUGACAACAGAGAACUAUUCAUACCAGAAACACAAGAGACUGUGAAGGCACAUCCACGAUUUAUGUUGUUUGCUACCCAGAAUCCACCUGGGUUAUAUGGAGGACGAAAGGUAUUAUCUCGGGCGUUCAGGAACAGAUUUGUGGAAUUGCACUUUGACGAAAUUCCAAGUAAAGAACUGGAAACUAUUUUGCAUGAGAGAUGCCUGAUACCGUUGUCGUAUUGUAGACGAAUGGUGUCUUGCAUGUUAGAACUACAGGCAAGACGUCGUAGUUCUGGUGUGUUUGCUGGCAAGCAAGGAUACAUUACGUUACGCGAUCUGUUUAGAUGGGCUGAGAGAUACCGAUUAGCAAGUACACAAGAAACAACAACGCAAAAGUUUUACGACUGGGACAGACACAUAGCUGAUGAAGGUUACCUAUUACUUGCUGGUAAAGUGAGAAGACCAGAAGAGCAGAUGGUGAUACAGGAAGUAAUUGAGAAACACAUCAAGAGGAGAGUUGAUCCAAACAAACUGUUCACUUUAUGUGAUAAAACAUCGGCCACAACAUUGCCAAUAUUACAACAAGUUUUGCAGACACCACCUGACGGUUUCAGUCAUAUCGUGUGGACGUUUGGUAUGAGAAGACUGGCUGUGCUGGUAGGACAGGCGUUGAGAUUUGGUGAGCCUGUACUCUUGGUUGGGGAGACUGGAUGUGGCAAGACUACUGUAUGUCAGAUAUUUGCUGCCCUCGCCAAACAAAGGUUGUACACUGUCAAUUGUCAUUUACACACCGAGACGUCAGACUUUCUUGGAGGACUACGACCAGUCAGGCACCGACAAUCUGAUAUUGAUUCUGAAGAGUGUCAGAAGUUGUUUGAGUGGUGCGAUGGACCCCUCGUCUUAGCAAUGAGGGAAGGUACAGCAUUGCUAGUAGAUGAGAUCUCAUUGGCUGAUGACUCCGUACUGGAACGACUCAAUAGUGUGCUUGAACCAGAGAGAACAUUGCUGUUAGCUGAGAAGGGCAGUGGCGAAAGUAUUCAUAGCGACGUAGAACAGAUUGUUGCCAUGGAUACUUUUAGAGUUGUUGCUACGAUGAAUCCUGGUGGAGAUUUCGGAAAGAAAGAGUUAUCCCCAGCACUGCGAAAUCGUUUUACUGAGAUCUGGUGCCCUCAGUCUAAUGAUAGAGAUGAUCUAAUCAACAUUAUUGAACAUAACAUCUCAUCGGGAAUACAGCUAUGUAAUCAAGAAGAUGGUAGCAGUGGACUUGGAAAUGCCAUGAUGGAUUUCAUUGAAUGGUUUGCUAACAACGAAGUGGGUAAAAGAUGUACCAUCAGUAUUCGGGAUAUCUUAUCCUGGGUGACGUUUGUCAAUACCGUAUGUGUGGAAAGUAUAGAAGAUGAAAAUCAUUCCCUUGAUCCUGCAGUCGCCUAUAUCCACGGAGCCUGUCUUGUAUUUCUGGAUGGUCUUGGUGCAGGUACAACUAGUGGUUCAUCACAGACAUCAGAGAAGGCCAGGAGGUCUUGUCUGAAAUAUUUACAAACACAGAUGUAUGCAAUGGCUGCAAUCCAAAUUGAUCUAUCAAGUCUAGUUCUCAAUGUUACGCAUGGCAAGAUGGAAACCACAAAUCCCAUUGUUUUGACUGAGACUCAGUUUGGUAUUCAUCCUUUCUUUAUUCGUAAAGGACCUGUGAUGGAUGCUUCAACUGUCGAAAAUUAUGCGUUACAUGCGCCAACCACUGCACUGAAUGCACAAAGACUACUACGUGCAAUGCAGUUACCUAAAGCUAUUCUAUUGGAAGGAUCACCAGGGGUUGGUAAAACGAGCUUGGUGACUGCUAUGGCUGAGGCAUCUGCUCAUCAGUAUGUCAGGAUUAACCUCUCAGAACAAACCGAUGUUACCGAUUUAUUUGGUGCUGAUUUACCAGUGGAAGGAGAGGAAGGUGGAAGCUUUGCUUGGAGAGAUGGACCAUUAUUGAGUGCUCUCAAAGCUGGACAUUGGGUUGUGUUAGACGAGUUAAACUUAGCCUCACAAUCAGUGUUAGAAGGACUCAAUGCUUGCCUGGAUCACAGAGCUGAGGUGUUUGUACCAGAGUUAGGCAAGACAUUUCAAAUCGAACAUAAGAAAACCCGCAUAUUUGCAUGUCAGAAUCCACUCAAUCAGGGUGGUGGAAGAAAGGGAUUGCCACGUUCAUUUCUCAACAGAUUUACUCAGGUGCAUAUAGAGCCUUUGUCAGCGGCUGAUCUGUUGUUUAUUACGUCAACAAUGUAUCCAGUAUUAGAUGUAGAUAUGAUACGUAAUAUGAUUGAGUUCAACAAUAAGUUAUAUGACCAAACUAUGGUGGAAUGCCUGUGGGGCCAGAGAGGAGGACCAUGGGAGUUCAAUCUCAGAGAUUUAUUCAGAUGGUGUGAUCUGAUGGUAGAGAACCAACACAGCGGAUCAUGGAACCCAAGUGAAUAUGUUGGAUUAAUAUACAGUCAACGGCUUAGAACUAAAGACGAUAAGAUAAAGGUAUUACAGCUAUUCCAAGAUGUGUUUUGUCAGGAGGAAGGUGGUUUGAUGCCGUACCAAUCAACACGUCAGUUUCAUAUCACAGCGGACGUUCUUCAGGUUGGAUAUUCAUUUCUUGAAAGAAGCACUUAUUUUUUGUCAACAUUGUCGAACACAUCGUUGAAAUUAUUACAUCAUUUGUUAGAACCAAUGGAAGCGUUGAUGAAAUGCAUUCAAAUGAAUUGGAUGGCAAUUUUGGUUGGCCCCCAUUCAAGUGGCAAGACAUCACUAGUACAGCUUGUAUCACAGUUAACAGGACACAGGCUGCAAGUGAUACCAAUGAAUAGUUCCAUGGAUACCAUAGAGUUAUUGGGAGGGUUUGAACAGGCUGAUUUGAAUCGACACUGGGAACAGUUGGUACACUCUUUGAAGUCAGUUGUAUUUGAUGUCUUGAAAACGUUACUUCUGAAAAAUGAAAAGAAAUCUAAACAAUAUUCUAAAGAUGUACUCACGAGAUGGUCUACAUUGAUUGGUCUCAACCAAAGCCAACUAAGGACAUCACAGGAUGAAGAACGUGAAUAUAACGGUAUAUCAGAAACUAGUUUUGAAGAAAUGGACAAAAUGCUGAGUCUUGUAGAAAAGUGUUGUCAGAAGUUCAAUGUUACGUUUACUGAAGAUGUAUUGGUCUCAGUGAUGGCAAGAUAUGAAAAAUUGAAAUCUAGGUUUAGAAGAGAAGGCAGUGGUCAAGGGAAAGGUGGUGGUCAGUUUGAAUGGAUCGAUGGAUUGUUAGUACAGGCCUUACAGAAUGGUGAUUGGUUACUCAUUGAUAAUGUCAAUUUCUGCAGUCCUUCUGUCCUGGAUAGAUUGAAUGCAUUAUUAGAACCAAAUGGAGUCUUGAGUAUCAAUGAAAGAGGUGUCAUUGACGGUGAAAUUCCUACAAUAAAACCGCAUCCUAACUUUAGAUUAAUAUUAGCAAUGGACCCAAGACAUGGUGAAAUAUCUAGAGCAAUGAGGAACAGAGGAGUUGAAAUAUACAUCCUUGGAGAGAAUGAAGGUGGGAACUUGGAUGCCAUGGAUUUGAAGUCGUUAUUGCACGGUGUUGGUCUUGUUGGGAAACAGCCCUGUGAGUUACUCAUAAACCUGCAUACACAGAUGAAAUCUAGCUUAUCAGGCCCAGAUCCAUGUUCGUUGUUAGAUCUCCUACAUGCUGCAUCUCUCACUGUGCAGGAACUCCAGAGAGGAAAUGAUGUUGCAUCUGCAAUGGUCGCUGCAUGUCGCAAUAUUUAUGUUGCAAGUCAAAGGUCAUAUGCAAAUAGAAAAGUUGCUAAGGAAAUUAUCGACCAGCAUCUCAGCGAUGUUGAUUUCGUUUCCAUGGAGAAAUUGAAUAAUUCUUCCUCAUUAGUGGAUGCUGGUCAGUGGCCGGAUUUCAUACCAUCUGUAUUAGACUGUGCAACCAAUGCCGAGUUGGCCAUGAUUCAGAGACAAGGCGUGGUAGUGUUUCAUCUUAUGAACCAGCUUGCAAUGACAUGUACUCAAAGAAAGUAUUGUACAUCUUUAAUAGAGUUAAGCGGAAAACAGUUGACAUCAGAAACUGAGAAGAACUCUCUAGAGUCGCUUCUACUUCCAGCGACUUUGAUAUUUUUUGAAAUGGCUACAUUAAGUGACUGGAAACUAAGAAUACAGUACUUCAGUGACACAAUACAACACAAACUAGCGUUAACUAGACCCGCUACUUCUUUAAAUCAAGUCACAUUCCAUCAGUACUUCCCUGAUGCUUUUGUAUUUUGUAUGGAGAAAGUAUUUGGCCAUCCACUGAUGCAGAAGUUGUGGAGUUUCUACAGAGAAGCAGGGCUUUCUGAAAAAGAUUUAAAUAUGCUGUACAGUUUUCCUUACGAUUCACAAUGGAAUGCGCAAGUACUAACCAGUAUGGAAUCGAUGCAAUCACGACUGAAGCUUAAGCUUGCUGGCAGUAGUAUUGAUGUCAGUCAACUCAAUACAAUAACAUACAGACUGUACAUUGUGAUGAAGAGAUCAUUGAGAGAGUAUAUGGAAGAUAUGGUUUAUAAAAUGGUUGAUAAGAAACAACAAGCACUCAGUGCUAUCCAGUUAUCGUAUGCACUCAAUAAAGGUUUUGUUACUAUGGAGUUCUUGCCAGAACCAGUCCUAGCACAUCUUCAUCCUUUCUUCGUGACCUUUGACCACCAUUUUGAUGAUUGCAUCCUGUCUGACAGUAUUUUGACAUGUAGACAAAUGACAAAGGUAUUUGAAGCUUUACUUUGGAGAGAUAAAUUAUGGGAUGUGGCAAACCAAACAAUACAAGAUAAGCGACUGUUUUCAUUAUCCCAGCUGAAGCUCCACUGGAGCUGGUUUUACAAGAAUACAUUGUUUACCAUACCAGCAAUAUUAACUGUUGACAACACUCAACUGCCAGCAAAGUUGAGCACUAUCGUGCAUCGUAUUCAUCCUCUGCUCGGUGCCGAUGACAGAAUUGGACAGUCACAGCAGCUAUUAUUUUCUAUAUUAGGACAGCCGAUACCGUACAAGACGUCUGUUGCCGCUGACUUGACCCACCAUGUGUAUGGACUCUGUCACAGCAUUGAUGUGUACGCAGGAAGUAACAAUAUUGCUUCUCUGAAGAUCAAAAAAGAACAAGAUAAAAGAAUACUGUUCAUGAAUUCCAGUGAUGGCGGUAAAGUUGUCAGUAGCCUUGUUGAGAUUUUAGUGGAUGCAUACCAUUCAAAUGAGAUAGCAUCAGACAAUAUAGAAACCCUACUAGAUAAAAUUGCUGAAGUGGAAUCUUGCUUGAUCAAGAAUCAACUAUAUGAUGAUCCAGACAGUACGCUUGUUGCCAUGGAUGUUGACGAUUCCUCUUCAGAGAUGACUUGUGUGAAAUCAAGUGUUGCCAUAGAAACCGGUGUUCAACUCUGGCCAAUAUAUCAACAUGUUUCAUUACUUCAGGAACACAGAAUAUUGGUUUCAUUGCUGAGGACGAUAAACAGAACUCCGCAAGAUUACCUACAAGAAUACAUCCAUCAAUUUUUGGCUUACUCUCUGCGUUUCCUGCCUUCGCAACCAAAACAUCUCGCUUCAUACCAAACUGCAUUGCAGACACUUAAUAAGGAUUCAAUUGCUUGCCAUACUUCUGGUCUUGUCCUGCAGUACUUGUCAUAUUUGUGGUUCACAUGUGUUACCAAACAUCCUGAGGAAUGGUUGUCAUGGAAAUCAUUGCAGGAUACAGUUGCCAUGAACCUGACAAAUAGCCAUCCGUUUGACAUUGAAAAUGGACCAGGAUCACUGUAUCUGUCAAAGUUAUCCCCAUUUGUAUUUAAACUGUUGUGUCAGAGCCGCAAGCCUACCAGAAAUAAAGAAAAACUGACUCAAAAUAAAGAUGCUGCAGGAAUUCAUGAAGGUCUUCAUCUUGGAAUGUUUCAAGAGAAGCUGGAUCAGAUUCAAUAUCUGGCUGACUACUUUUGGUGUAAUGGAAGUUGUCUGAGUGAUAACACACUAGAAUAUAGGCGUAGUAACUGGGAGAUGCUGAUUGCAAGUUUUGCCAAUCUUUUCUCUGCGUUCUCUUCAUUUGUAUCAGAAGAGCGUACACCGGAGUAUUUACAUGCUGUGUCGGUGUUGAACAGUGACAAAGCAAAUUGUCAUCUCUCAAUUGAAAUUCUGAAAGAAGUUAUUGGUUCUUUUAAUUAUGAAGACCCGAGUAUUAUUUCAAGACUUGAUGAGACAGUGGAAAGUAAACCACUUCUACCUGUGUAUGCCAGAGAGUUACUGACAGAAUGCAUUGAUUGUUUGAAGCUUGAACUUUCAGCCAAUCAACAAGCAUCUGAUUACGUCUCCAACCAAUCAGGAAGUAGGAACAAGUCACAUGAUCACCUGACUGACCAGUUGAAUUGUGGGAUAGGUUGGGUCAAACUUGGCUUGCUACAAACACUGUUAUUGGCUGUUCAGGGACCUGUUGAUCCAGCAGAAAAAGUUGCCAUUCAACUUCAGUAUACAGCUGAUGAGAUUAAAGAACUGAGUGAUGAACUUGAAGUGAGAAAUCAGUCAUCACAGUUACUGACAGGAUUAUCAUUGACUGACUACAGAGAGUCCACCUUGCCACCCAGGAUUGGAUACUUGAACCACAGAAAAGAAUGUUUGAAGACAAUUACUACAGAACUUACAAAGAAAACUGCAAUCAGACCAACACCAUCAAAGUUUGAGGUUUUACUUCAAGAUGUGCAACAUUUCACAUCGAGCAUUGGCUCGGCCAACUCGGUACGCACGCUUCUACAAAAACUUUGCAGGGCAAUCAAUAGCCGCAAACUUGGUAGAGGAAAACACUCCAUCAUCGACGCUAUUCUCAACGAGGAGAGAUCCUGGCAGAGUUCAGUGCAUCAGUUUAUGAAGCGACUACAGGAUGAUUACCCUUUAUAUCGGGACCUUAUUCUCCCGUUUCUGUCAGGCGUGUCCCAAUUAUCACAUGGUAUGAGACUAGUAGCACAUGCAGUGUACUGUAAAGAACGCAUGACGAUGAUCGAGAAAUCUGUAUCAGACACAGGAAAGAUUCAUGAUACACAGGAUUUAUUGGUUACACUAAGUAGAUUUCCAUUUGUCACAGUCACAUUGCCACAGAGUAUACACAUAGCUGAAGCACUGUGUGAAGAGAACACUAUGCAAUUAGUGGAAAAUAUACAACAUAUCAGACAGUUUGCUGGUGAUGGUGGUGGUGUGCUACAACUUCCCCUAUAUCAUUACAAGGCCAAAUUGUUGAAAAUUGCAGUGCUGCAUACAAAGAACCAUGCAAUACUUAAAGGACGUUUAGAUAAACAGACAUUGGAACUACUGACACAGUUGCUAGGGACACUGGUGGAGUCAUGGAAACAAACUGAAGAGUUGGCAAGAUUGAAAGAAGAGGAAGAUGCUCAGUUAUUUAAAUACAAGAGUAAACUCCAUGGUGAUGGAUUAACUGAAGAAGAACGAGAAGAGAAAGAAUUCAAGAAAAGUUAUCCUACAUUCCAUAAGGAUUUUGAAGAUUUAACUGAACCACCAUCCCUGGAAGCCAAGGAGUCAGAUGAGGAGAAAGAUGAUGGCAUUGCAGAUACCAUGGUAACUGAGAAAUUAGAUAUUGACGAUAUAAUGGAUAUUUGUAAACUACAUCAAAUGGUGUACUGUGGGCUUACAAGGACUGUAUGGUUUCAGUCACGUGAUAGUGUUGUCCAAGACAUGAUUGGCUACCAGGAACCAUUUCUGGUUGGAUAUAAAAUCGCUGCCCAGUUGAUGAAUAAUACUCGCACAGUGACAGACCAUCUUCUAGACAAGGAAUUAGUCGGAUCGCAUUUACUGAUGACACAUAUACUGAAGAACACAAUCAGUAACAGUGGACAUCAUAAAUCUGAGGUGGAAUCUACCUCUAAUAUACUAUUCAACAAGCCAUUUGAUAUCUACCAUGAUCCAUGUGUUGAGGAAUCUGUCCAGUGUAGACAAGUUUUAGAGAAGAUUGUUGUCAGGGUCAAUGAACUAUUGGCUGAAUGGCCUGAUCAUCCCACACUGAAACAGGAAUGGGAGUCCAAUGCAUGUAGAGCAGUGUCAUUACAAACUCACUGUGAGAAUGUCACAUAUAUGAUAAUACAGUGGAGAAAACUGGAAUUAAGUUGUUGGUCCUCGUGUCUUGAUAUGGUUGAAUACCGAUAUGCACAGAAAGCCUCCAAAUGGUGGUAUCAGCUGUACCAAUUAGUGGAGUACUACCUGCAGCAUAAAGAUGACGAAGAGAGGACUGAAGUUGAAAUUGAACUUGUUUCUAUGGAAACGAAUGAAGUUAGUCAACAGAAAUUAACUGGCGUCAAUAAAUUUGUUACAAAUUUGCAACAGUUCAUGGAAGGCUCUGGUAUUGGAGAAUUUUCCACGCGGUUACAAAUGCUGCUCUCCUUCCAUUGCCAGACUGUACAUCGUGAACCAACACCAGAACAAGUUUCAGUCUCCAACAUAUUAUGGAAUGUGCACCAGUAUUAUCAACAGUUUUUACCAGUCGUGAAAUCAAGACUUCAAGCUCUUAGAAGUCCAAUUGAAAAAGAAUUGAAGGGUUUUGUAAAGAUAGCUAGAUGGAGUGAUAUCAAUUUCUGGGCGAUGAAGCAGUAUGUAGAGAAAUCACACAGGACAUUGCAUAAAUUCAGCAAGAAAUACGAGACUGCGUUGUUAGAACAAGCUAGGAAUACAUUUUUAGACGGUAAUAUCGGCGUCACCCAUCAAGGGAUUCCCAGCAUCUCUGGGUCAUUGAUAACAAGUUGUCUAUCCCAUGAUGCUUUGAAGAUGUAUUUUGAACCAAGUGUGGAAUCUAGCGAAGAAUCUUUGCUUUAUCGACUCCCAUCUCUGUUCAACAAGAUGACAAAACUGUGUCGUAAAAUGUUUAAAUCAUGUCAGUAUCCAGACUUGAUGUCAACAUUAGAUAGUUUUACAGGUGAAGUGAUAGAAACUGUACAUCAACUGCAGGCAUUGGAUGUCUCCAAGGUUUCGAAACAGAAAUCAGAAGCAAAAUACAUUAACCUCAGAAAACGUAAAGCUCUUCAACUUGGGUUGUCAUACAGAAAGGGGUUGACCAACAUACACCUGAGUAAUCAACAUGAUGCCUUAUUCACCGUUGCCAUGGAUAUCAGUGUUGCAUUUCAAGGAUAUGAAGACAGGAGUGCAGUCGUUACAGAGGCCAAAUCCAUUUGGGACGAUUGUCAACAUUAUUACUACCGAUGCAUCGCUAGAAAUGCUGCCAUGAUCACUGCCAUGACAACACCAUCCAAGGAAUUGGGUGUUGGUAAUAUUGACAGGUGCAAAGGAUUCUCGGAGCAUCUCGUACAACAAGUAUAUCAGCAAAGAUAUGAUAUUUCUGAUGUUUUAUAUGGGGCUAUACUCACCAGAAAUCAUCUCCUAAAUUUGGAGCAGUUGAAGACUUCUACCCAUGAAGCCACUGUAAAACACAUUGCCACUCUACCACCACAGACUGAGCUGUAUCAAUGGAUAGAAACAGCUAAAGACAUCAUUGACCAAGCUUUUGAUGCACUGCAGCAAUUCAAACUUGUUCUCUGUUGUUGUCCCGACUCCAAAGAUGGCGCUGUGCACCCAUCACCCAUUCCAUCCCAACACCUUGCUAAGAUUGAGACUGUCAGGCAAGGCAGUGAAACUUACAAGGAAGUCUAUGAAUUACUCCAGGAAUGUAUUUCCAUGGUUGUAAGUCAAAAAGAAACCCUAGACACUUUGACGAAGAAACUAGAAUUGGAAAAUAAAUCAACUAGUAUAUUAACAUGGUCUCAUGUUUCACUACUGGAUGGGUCAUUUGCACAGAUUGACAAUGUAUUGUCACUGCUCAGCAAUAUAGAAAGCUACUUUAUAUCUUCUUUUGUUGAAACUUCAUCUCCGCUUAUUGAACCUCUUGUCUGUGUGAGAACCAAGCUCUUCUCAAAGUCAAACGAAUUCAAGGUAUGGACAGACAAAAUAAAAACUGAACCGGAUGCUGUGGAUAAAUCAGCCCAAGAUGAAACUCCUGUUUGCAUUCUUGAAGGUUUCCAGGAAGACGUAGAGGUAUUUGUAACUAAGCUGUUAGUAGCAAUUCAGAAGCUGGUGAAAUCGAACAUCAAAGAUGCGGGAAAGGAUGAAGAUGAAGAUAAGGAAGACAAAAAUGAAGAGGCAGUCGACCUUGGCAGCCAGCUCCAGGAAGCUCUUUUAGUGAAGUCUUUAUGUGGCGGUUUGAAUGUGGACAAGACGUCUUUGGAUUUGACAAAUGUUAACAAGAUUCUGACUGGGUUGGUUACAAGGUUGUGUAGUCUUCGAGAUGAUUGCCAGUCACGCCAAGAUUUAGAGAUAUGCAAUAAAUGUGCGUCACUAUUACUACAAGUGGUUCCUCUUGUACACCAAUAUAUGGGUGUGGUCUAUCAUCACUUAGUCAUAUUGUUAACAUCUCAUCGAACAACAUCCAAGUUGCUCUCAGUGCUGCUUGGAAUAUUUUCAGAGCUAGCGACAAAGGGUUUUUGUCUGCCAGCCGAGUUCAGCGAUGAGUUAGGUGGUGAUGGGUCAACACAGUUUGAGGACAUUGAAGGUGGUGGUAUCGGAGAAGGUGAAGGCGUUAAAGACGUCAGUGAUCAGAUUGAAAAUGAAGAUCAGGUACAAGAUGUAAAAAAGCCUGGCGAUGAAAACGCACAAGAGGAUGACUUUGAUAAUCAACAUGACAUCAAAGAUGAAGAGGAGGGUAUAGAAAUGUCUGAAGAUUUUGAAGGGAAGCAGCAUGAAAUGGACAAAACUGAUCAAAAAGAUGGCUCAGAUGAAAGUGAUGGAGAUGAUGAGAAUGAAUUAGAUAAACAGUUGGGUAAAGUUGAUGGAGAAGACGAGGAAAAAUUAGAUGAAAGAAUGUGGGGGAGUGAUGAGGAGGACGAGGAAGAAGAUGGAGAGCAGAAAGAAGAUGAAUUUGGACCUGGAAUGGAUGAGGAAGAGUCUCAGCUUGUUGCUAAGGAUGAUAAUCAAGGUGCUGGAGAUGACAAUGAUGACAGAAAUAAAGAUUCAAAGGAGCAAGAAAAUGAAGAGGAUGAUAAGAAUGAAGAAGUUCAACCACGUAAUCUUGAACCAAAAGAUGAGAGUGAGUUUAAUGAUGAUGAAAUAGAUCCAAACAAAGCUAAUAGAGAUCCACCAGAGAACACCGCAGAUGAUUUAGAUUUAUCUGAGGAUCUGAAUCUAGAUGAAGAGAUGGGAAAAGAUAAAGAGAAUGAAGACGAUCAGGAUGGAGAAGAUGAAGGUGAAGAAAAUCCAUUUGAUAUUGAAACAAAACCAAAUGUGGAAGAAGUUAAAGAUGAAGAAAGCAAAGAUGAGGAACAAGAAGGUGCAGAUGAAUUGAAUCCUGAAAGUACAACUGAUGUCGAAGAUGAACAGAAAGAUGAGGAGGCAAAAGAUAAUGAAAUGGACGUUGAUAAAAAAGCAGAUGAUGAUGAUGAAGGGAAUGAGGAAGAACCAAAGGACAAAGGAACACAUUCACAGGAUGACCCUAUGAAUGAUGAGGAAGAGACUACUCCACCAACUGAUGAAGAAUCAAAACCGGAAGACAUCACUGCUGCCAAGGAAACAACUGAGGCAGCAGAGGAUCAUGAAAAAACUCACACCCAACAGGAUCCAGUUCAGCUCAGCGAUGAUGUAGAACAGCAUGCUGGGAAAAGUGAAGAGGAUCAAAAGAAGGAGGAACACAGUACAGGUACGGCUGAACAAGAACAUGAUGAAGGUCACGAAGGCGAUAUGAUAUCAGAUAUUGUAAAGAAAGGCACCAACCAACAAAAACAGCAUCAAAAGAAGCCAGGAAAAUCCAGUAUGGAUCGUAGUUUGGGAUCAGCUGAUGAGAGAAUAGAGAAACGGUUGCAGACUGUUGAUGAAGAGAAGGGUAGAAACCAGGAGAAUAAGGAACAACAGGACGAGCAAAUGUCGUCUGAUCUGUAUGAGCAUGUAAAAGACCCUGCAGUACAUCAUGAUAAACAGACGUUAGACGCAGCGACAGAGGAGCAACAACAAGAACAACCUGUACCCAAUGUAGAAAGUGAUAAUGACGUGGAGGACAUGGAACAAGAUGAUGUUGAUGAUAUGCAGCCAUUGCAGGAUACUCCAGAUAAGAACGCUGAUAAAAUAGACACCUUGCCAUCAACAAAACUAAAAAGUGAAAAAGAAAAGGAUUCAUCGGCACAAGGUGAUGGAGAUGAUGACACAGAUGUUAAAAUUGAUGGAGAGAAGGAUGACAGGGAGGAGGAGGGUAUUGGAGGAAAGCAUAUGGAAUCUACCAUACACACGUCUAGAGACACAUUACUUGAUAUUGAAAACAGUACAUCAGAGUUUAAUGUGGAAAAACUGAGAUCUGAUCUGGAACAACAGCUCACAAGUUGGACUUACAAGCCUGGGUCAACUGAGGAGGAGAAACUUGCCCAAGAAGCUUGGCAUCGCUACGAGUCUCUGACAACAAGUUUAUCACAAGAGCUAUGUGAACAGUUGAGGCUGGUACUCGAACCUUCGCAGGCAACAAAACUAAGAGGCGAUUAUCGUACUGGUAAACGACUGAAUAUGAGAAAAGUCAUUCCGUACAUCGCUAGUCAGUUUCGGAAAGAUAAAAUCUGGCUCAGGAGAACUAAACCAAGUAAAAGAAACUAUCAAAUAAUGCUAGCUGUGGACGAUUCAUCAAGUAUGGCCGAUAAUCACUCCAAACAGUUGGCCUUUGAAUCUCUGGCUGUAAUCAGUAAUGCAUUAACAUGGCUCGAAGCAGGAGAGCUUUCUGUGUGUAGCUUUGGUGAAUCGGUGCAACUUUUGCAUCCAUUUCAUGAACAGUUCACAAGCCAAUCAGGAGCCAGGAUUCUGCAGCAAUUUACAUUUGAACAAAAGAAAACUAAAAUAGCACAGCUACUGGACAAUGCUACUAGGGUCAUGCUUGCUGCUAGAAGUCGACAACACUCCGGCACUUCUCAUCCGGACACCUCUCAGUUACUAGUGAUUGUGUCUGAUGGCAGAGGGCUGUUUUUGGAAGGUUCUGAAGUUGUCAAGUCGGCUGUCAGAGCUGCGAAAGAGGCUCACAUAUUUAUUGUUUUUGUUGUGCUGGACAAUCCGAAUAAUAAGGACUCUAUCCUGGAUAUCAAAGUACCAGUUUUCAAGAGUGGUGGUCAGAUUAUGGAUAUACGAUCAUACAUGGAAUACUUCCCUUUCCCGUUUUACAUUAUAUUACGAGACAUCAAUGCUUUGCCAGCUGUUUUGAGUGAUGCUCUGAGACAGUGGUUUGAAUUGGUAACUGCUGACACUGGAUAA